AUGCUUGUCCUCACAGGCAGUACAGGACAUCUAGGUUCUCGAGUCCUCGAUACACUACUCCGCCAAAAACUAAUUCCACCGUCAAAGCUGAUCAUUUCAUCAAGCCACCCAAGUAAUGUGUCGCCUGCAGCCCGGGAUGCUGGUGUCGAGAUCCGACCAGGCGAUUUCACGUCUCCUGGCUCGCUAGCUGCCACAUUCAAAGGUGCCGACGCUCUUUUCCUGGUCUCAUUUCCCUCUCCAAGCAUCGAUAGGUGGCUUCACCAUAAAGCCGCCAUUAAUGCGGCUAAACAGGCCGGUGUAAAGACUGUGAUUUACACAAGCUUGAUGUUUGGUGGUAAGACGGGCCUGGACAGCAUAGCGGGCGUUCAGCAAGCGCAUAUCAAGACUAUUGAAUACUUGACGCAAAGUGGCUUGCAAUAUGUGAUUGUGAGAGAGGGCAUUUAUGCAGAAAGCUGGUGGUUAUACGCUGGGUUUCAACCACAGAAAUUCAAGAAGGGCGACACAAGCGACAUCAGAUUCGUCAUUCCCAACGACGGCCCUGUUUCUUGGGUCACAUGGGACGACCUGGGUGAAGCCACCGCCAAAAUCCUCCAAAAUUAUGAGAAAUAUCUCGGUCAGACGUUGAACCUGACCGGGCCACGAACGACCAGCAUCAGCGAUGUUGGCAAGCUGGUUGAGGAGCACACCGGGCGAAAAGUCAAAGUCGACAUUGUGGGCAGGCAGGAAGCUGAACGGUACCACAAGUUUGAGAAGAAGAGUGUUCCUGAGGACAACUUCUGGGUUGUUGAGAGCUGGAGUGGCUGGCAUGAUGGGAUCGCGAUGGGGGAGACAGCGAUGGUUGAUCCCUUGAUUGGUGAAAUCUUGGGAAGGGCGCCCAGAGGCAUUGAAGAGAUGGCAACUCGUCUUUUCACUCCCGAAUAG